AUGGCUGUGAUCAAGGAUGCCUUACCGUACAUCCUUCCUACACUUACGCAAAUUGUUAAUUGUUCCCUGGAAACAGGUGUUUUCCCAACAGCCUGGAAGAAAGCAGAGGUUAUCCCACUUCUGAAGGAAGGGGAUUAUGAAAUUCCGAAUAAUAAUCGGCCCGUGUCGUUGUUAGUGGCUGCAUCUAAGAUCUGUGAACGCGUGGUAUUGAAACAGCUAACAGAGUAUAUGACAAAGAAGAAAAAAUUUACUAAACAUCAAAGUGGAAAUAGGAAGUUACAUUCAACCGAAACAUUAAACAUAUUCAUCUCAGAUUUAAUUCUCCAGUCCAUGGAUCGUAGAGAAGUGACUGCUUUACUCUUACUGGACUUGUCUAAAGCUUUUGAUAGCUUAGAUCAUUUCAUUCUGCUAAGAAAACUUUCGAAUAUUGGAAUCUCGAAGCCUGCGUUGUUUUGGUUUAAAAGCUAUUUGACAGGCAGGUGCCAAUCAGUACGUAUUGCGUCAGUGUUAUCUGAUGAAUGUGAAAUAACUCGCGGUGUUCCGCAGGGAUCGAUACUGGGUCCGGUGUUAUUUAAUAUAUAUAUCAACGACUUGCCUGGUGUACCCAAGGAGUCCAAUUUGGAGUCGUACGUGGAUGACUCAAAAAUAUAUUUAGCAUUCUCAAUCAGGGAUGCCGAGUUGGCAGCUAUGAAACUCACUGAAGACAUGCGAAGAAUUACCGCCUGGUGCUGUCUUAACAGUUUAUUGGUGAAUCCAGAAAAAACUAAGUUGCUUAUAUUAGAUACUAGGCAAAUGUUAGAACAGGAACCUGAAAAUUUUCAAAUAACUAUCCUUGGUGAGAAUAUUACUCCAGUUGCUGUUGCAAAGGAUUCAGGGAUGAUAUUGGACUCAUGUUUGAGCUACGACGAACAUAUCGCAAGCGUUGUUUCAUCUUGUAUCGCUGGACUGGGCCAAAUUAGCAGUGUUAAACAUAUCUUUGACAGAAAAACAUUAAUUCUUAUUAUAAAUUCCCUGAUUUUUAGCAAAAUGUAUUACUGCUCUGCUGUUUGGUCUAAUACAUCCCAAAGAAAUAUCGAGAAACUUCAAGCGGUCCAGAACUUUGCUGCACGUAUUGUUACAGGAACAAGAAAAUACGAUCACGUGACUCCUGUUCUGCAACAACUGGGCUGGCUUCCAGUUAAAUACAUGUUAAAAUUAAGAGAAGCCAUUUUUGCUUUCAAAUGCUUGAAGGGGUUGGCAUCAUUGUAUUUGCGUGAGAAGUUCCAUGUCAGGUCAGAUGUUCAUGGCGUUAACACAAGGCAAAAGAACAUUUUGGAUAUACCAAUGUACAGAUCAGCUGCGAGUCAACGAACAUUUCACUAUAGGGUUGUGUCCUUGUGGAAUUCUCUGCCUCAGUCUCUUGAAAACAUUGAUACUUUGACUCAUUUUAAAGUAGAAUACAAACGUAUGUUAUUAGAAGAAUUUUUAACUGUAAGUGGUGUUUAA